GACUAUCACGUGACUUUCUGUUUCCCCACCACGUGAUUUUUACCGGUUGUUGGUAGCCAAGAAUUCCAAGAAGUCCAAACACGUAGGAAACAGCUGACACACGUGUACACACAAUAUCUACGUUUUAAACCAGCAAUAAUGGCCGAAUUGAGAUUACAGAAGCAAGCACCCGAGUUCCGGGGGACAGCUGUGGUUGAUGGCGAGUUUAAGGACAUAUCACUCGCAGACUACCGUGGAAAAUAUGUUGUGUUCUUCUUUUACCCAAUGGAUUUCACGUUUGUGUGUCCAACGGAGAUUAUAGCGUUCAGUGACCGAAUUGAAGAGUUCCGAGCCAUUGAUUGUGAGGUUAUUGCAUGUUCAUGUGACAGCCAAUUCUCCCAUCUAGCAUGGAUUAACACACCUAGAAAGCAGGGUGGACUUGGGAACAUGAAGAUCCCGUUGUUAGCCGACAAAACAUUAGAAAUAUCCAGGUCAUAUGGAGCACUAAAGGAAGACGAGGGUAUAUCUUUCAGAGCCCUGUUUAUUAUUGAUGGUAAGGGAAACCUACGCCAGAUCACCAUGAAUGAUCUACCAGUCGGGCGCUCAGUAGAUGAGACUCUCCGACUUGUGCAGGCCUUUAAAUUCACAGAUGAGCAUGGGGAAGUGUGUCCAGCUGGAUGGAAACCUGGGAAGGACACAAUCAAACCUGAUGUGAAAGGAAAGAUGAGCUACUUUCAGAAGCAGAAUUGACCAAGCAAUCUUCCAGAACUGUUGAUGUUGUUUAAUUAUUGUUAUGGAUGUUGGGUGUCUGUUUAAUGUGACAUAGAUCAAAAACUCUGUACCAGUAACUCCGCACCAGUGGGAUGUAUGUUUACUGCUCCAGAUAUUGACCAUAGAGCAAUAAUUGUCUAUAAAUCUCUUGUUUUCCAGUAGACUGGGUACUCACACAGGCUCCGGAGUACUCCCAGACUCAUACACGCCUCUCAAGUUUAUCUACAAUCAUCGGCCAAGGAGACCUGAACAAUUAUGAGACCAAUUUGUUAGUUAAAAUAUACAAUACUUUUUUGCUAGAUGUUUUGUUUGUUUUAUACUCUGUCUUUUGUUACUGUUUACAAGUUUUUCUGAUUCAUCAGCUUUUUAUGUUGAGAUCUUAUUUUGUUUUAUGAGGAUUAACGUUCAGUAAUGUACUUGCCGCAUUCAGUCUGUUAGUGACAGGUUGCUGUAGACGUGCCUUUUUCGUUGUAAAUGUGUGUAACUUGUCAGGUAUCCAUGUCAUGAUCAUGUGACUUAUCAUUCACAUAUAUGUAUAAUUCUGAAUCCACCCCCAUCUUAGGAAUGAGAAAAGUGUAUAUGUGGCAGUCGUUUACUAUUUUUUUGUUGACUUCUAAACGUUUUCAGUAUUAACAGAUGACCAAAAUAUUUUUGCCCAUUGAAAUUUUCAGCUACAAAAACAAAUCAUGAUAUCAUAUUGUUCCUUUUUGUAAAGGGGUCGAAAAUCCUUGAUAACUUCAGAGCACAGCUUUGGGAAUAUUCUGUAGAAUCUAGGGACAAAAGCUGGAGUAUGGUGCAUUGUUUUACUAGCAGUAAUAAAAACUGGUCCAGUGCUCUUUUCCAAUGAUAAUAUUCUCAUUCUUUAGAAUUUUGUCUAUAAGUUUUGACUGCCUUUACAAUCAGUAAAGAUCAUUACAAAAAAUGUACCUGUGCCUCACAGAUCUUCUUACCUAAAUGUUUUCAUCAUCAGUUAGUUCAGUAAGUGCUUCUAUCAAUCUAUGUGUGUUCUUUUAUUAGGAAUAAAUAAAUAAAUAAAAAAGUU